UUGAAUGUGCGACCUUGUGGUCACGUCAAUGAGUACCGUCGCACUAUUAUAUACGCCCUCAGGAGACAUCACAGGUAUGUCAGAUCCGAAAUUGACAGAAUCUCCACGACGGCGCCUAGGCGAGAGCGCAGCUAUGAUGGACGUCCUGUGGCGCCAAAUCGUGUUGCGUCAGGAAGGCUUGUACGCCGCUUCUAUGGCUAUGGCAAGUCAGUCUUUACAGUGCUUGAGUGUUCCUUUCAGUAGGCGACUGCGCCUAUAUGCAUGCUCCUAACGAUCAUGACUUGGCCGUCACCUCAUCAAAUGUGCCCGAGCGGUGGGCUAUGAAAGAGUGGGCGUCUCUGGACAUCAAAAUCGUCCCGGUCUGUCCAAUUAAAAAAAAAAGAGCGGCCAAGCGGCCAGCAUUGAAUAUUGAAGUUGAGAACGACCCAGCAGGCUUGCAGCUUCCUAGACCUGGAGGCCCGAUGACCUGAACACCGGGUCAAAACACAGCGCACGAUCUACAGUUCACGCUGCACAUCUACACGAGCUUCAAACCCGAAUCCCGCUGCGGCCGACUCGCGGUAAGACAAG